GGCACGUUUUGGGUGAUUCCAUAGUUUAGUAAAAACCGAAUUCUAGCUGCCACUCACAUUAACUUUUUCGCCACUUAACUGAACUAGGAUAUGCAAUAUGACUACGACCUGAAAUUCUUUUGGUACUGUCUUGAAUAAUAGAAUAAUAGAACAUGGGUUAAAGGUCCUCUAAUAUUUUCAACAUCCGAUUAAAAAUAUGGCAGCCGUUCGUACAGCGCCACUUUCAGAAGAGGACACCGAGAGAAUAAAGCAAGAAUAUCCAAGCACUUUUAUAAACUUAGGCCGUACAUUGAUCAGAACAAUACCUGGGAAUUAUGUUCUUCCUGCAGCUUACGAAAAGGUUAAAGACAGAAUAAAAUGCUGGGAUGUACGCAAAGAUGAUAUUUAUGUUUUUGCUUUUCCAAAGAAUGGGACAACCUGGACACAGGAGCUUGUAUGGUGCGUCCAGAAUGACUGUGACAUCGGAAAGGCCAAGUCCGUCGAUUUAAUGGAGAGAGUUCCAUUUCUGGAAGCACCCGUUCUUUUCCAGUUCCUUGGUGAUGAUCAUAUCUCGGCCAUCGAAAAUAUGGCUUCGCCACGAAUCUUAAAGUCUCAUCUUGCAUUCUGCCUUUUUCCUGACGAUCUGUUAGACAAGAGCAAAGUGGUUCUAUGUUUGCGAAACCCUAAAGACACUGUGGUAUCAUUUUAUCAUCAUCAACAGUUAAUGAAGCACGUAAAUUUCGUUGGUGAGUUUAAGGCUUUCUUUAACCUGUUCAUGGAUGAUUUAUGCUAUUUCUGUCCGUAUUUUGACUAUGUGGCUGAGGCAUGGCAAAGAAGAAACCACCCCAAUAUGUGUAUUUUGUUUUACGAAGAAAUGAAAGCUGAUUUGGCUAGCAAUGUCAGACGAGUGGCAAGAUUUCUAGAGAAAGAAAUGACAGACGGCCAAGUGCAGAUUUUAGUUGACCAUUUGAGCUUCAAAAAAAUGAAGGAAAACAAAGCCGUAAACAUGGAGAGUUUACGGGAAAAAAAUUUGCUAACUACAAAAGGGGAUUUUAUUCGAAAAGGAGAAGUUGGAGACUGGAAGAAUUAUUUUGACGAUGAGAUGAACAAGCGAAUGAAUGAGGCAAUUGGGAAAUAUUUGAAGCCGAUCGGACUUGAGUUCAGAUACGAGUAAAAAGGGAUGGGGGCAGGCAAGUGGCUUGCACACCCUCUGCUCUGCAGGGCCUUUGACAAAGGGGGGCCUGGAGGGCCUUGGCCCCACACUUUUUUGGAAAACAAUAGAGUUUUUUUCAAAAUCUUCUGUUAUGAGUGUUAAAUUUUCUCUUGCCCCCCCCCCACUUUUCAACCUUUGUCGGAGCCCAUGCUCUGGCAAACACUUGGUAUUUGAAUUUCAAUCAGUUGCCAGUAUAAAAAUGCACAUUAACAAAUAUGUAAUUUGGAGGAUCAACAUAUUUUCUACUUUUUCAAUGUCACUUUUUAACAUUCGACUACAAUUACAUGAAUAAAAGUCCUUUUAAUAGAAAACGUCAGAACAGAGAAAGGUGCUUUCUGAAGUUAGGUGCAACAAUAUAUCAUCCAUUUUUGUUUUAAUUCUGUUUGGAAGGUGUAGUUCUUUUUGUCCUGACACACAUACAAAGGGCAAAACCCUAAUAUAAACUGCGCAUGAACAUAAACAUAAACUGGGAAAUAGGAGCUGCGCCUUUCGCACCUAAAUUGUUGCGGGAAUCGAACUUCAGUUUACUUUACCAGCCGAGGACCGUUUUCUCAGGUGUUUGCUGUGUUACUCAUCAGAAUCUUCUCUUUUUAGUUUCAUACUGUAGAUUACCUUUUUAGCUGUUGUUUCAAUUCACUUUGUAUAGUGCUUGGGUCUGAGAUACCCCUAGUUAAGUUAGUUAACAACUGGUUUUUGGUUUUAAAGCAUUUGAAGUGAAUAUCUGAAGUGUGGGCCCAAGUCUACAAAAAGGUGUGCUUAUAUUAGAGGGGGCGGGCAAAAUAACAAAAUAAUUAAAGAACACUAUUUUGUGGAUGGUAUUUUGUGCGUGGGUAUUUUUGGUUUGGUAUUUUUUAGGUGGUUUUUCUGUGGGUGC